AUGGAGUACGUCAGCACGCGGGGAGGCCCUGGCACCGUGGGCUUCGAAGAAGCCCUCUUCUCCGGCUACGCGCCCGACGGCGGCCUCUUCAUGCCCAGCGCCGUGCCCCGGCUCGAGGCGCACACGCUGCGGAGCUGGAGCUCCUUCUCCUACCCACGGCUGGUCAAGGAGCUCUGCGCCCUCUUCGUUGCCGCCGAGCUCAUCCCCAGGAGCGUGCUGGAGGACCUGAUUGACAGGGCCUUCAGCAGGUUCAGACACAAGGACGUGGUCCAUCUGACCAGGCUGAAAGAUGGGCUGAACGUUUUGGAGCUCUGGCAUGGGGCCACUUACGCAUUUAAGGACCUGUCUCUGUCCUGCACGGGGCAGUUUUUACAAUAUUUCCUGGAGAAAAAGCAAAAGCACCUUUCUAUUCUGGUGGGGACGUCAGGGGACACAGGGAGCUCAGCAAUUGAGAGUGUGAGAGGCCAGAAGAACAUGGACAUCUUUGUUCUGCUGCCCCAUGGACUCUGCACCCAGACACAGGAGCUUCAGAUGACCACUGUCAUUGAAGAAAACGUCCACGUCUUUGAUGUUCAUGGGAACAGCGAUGAAAUCGAUGAGCCGAUCAAGGAGUUAUUUGCCGAUACUGAUUUUGCCAGAAAGCACAACCUGAUGAGCUUGAAUUCGGUCAACUGGUCGAGGAUCAUGGUGCAGAUUGCUCACCACUUCUACGCUUACUUCCAGUGUGCACCAUCCCUAGAUACCAGCCCUCUGCCCAUGGUAGAAAUUGUUGUGCCAACUGGAGGAGGAGGAAACAUCACAGCUGGCUGCAUUGCCCAGAAAAUGGGCCUUCCGAUCCGACUUGUUGCCGUGGUUAACAGCAAUGACAUCAUUCACAGGGCUGUUCAGCAUGGAGAUUUCUCACUGUCAGGCACUGUAAAGGCUACAUUAGCAUCAGCCAUGGAUAUCCAGGAGCCAUACAACAUGGAGAGGAUCCUCUGGCUGCUUUCUGACGGUGACAGCAGCCUCAUCAAAACUCUGAUGGAGCAAUUCAGUGUGUCCAAAAGCCUCAAGCUUCCUGAGAAUUUGCACAGGAAGCUGGCGCAGACGCUGGACUCGUGCGCGGCCUCUGACGAGGACAUCAUGAGAGCGAUGAGGCGCUGCUGGGAGGAGAACCGCUACCUGCUGUGCCCCCACUCUGCGGUAGCCGCUCACUACCACUACGCACAGCUGGGCUGCGGGAGCCGCAGCACGCCUCGCUGUUGCUUGGCCCCGGCCUCCGCGGCCAAGUUUCAGGACGCUCUGCUCAGAGCUGGCCUCGUUCCCGAUGUCCCUCCUGAAAUCAGUGCCCUAACCACGCUGGAGACCAGGUCAACCCCUUUGAAGAAGGGAGAAGAUUGGGCAAAAGUGCUCCGGGAGCGAAUAGAAGAGUUGGCGCAGCAGAGGAAGCCCUAG